GGCUCGGAGACUUCACCAGACAAUAAAUAUGCAGGAGCAGUGAGAUCCGCAUACCAGUCCAAUACUACUCUCCUGGCUGAGGAAUUGGAUAUCCAACCUGACCAGGCCAUAAACAUCGCCAACCCCAUUAUCGAUGCUCCUCCAACACCUCCUCCCAGCCCUAACACUCACCACCGCCGUCCUCUCCCUCACCCUCACCCUCUCCCCCAGCCCCAACCAUGAUUCCCCCGCCCAAUCAAUCCUCACCUCCCCUCCCAGCCCCUUCGACGACCCAGACUGCGACGGCACGGGGCUCAUCGACCCCAACGACCCGAACAACCACUGCACCGGCGACGGGCUGAUCCUCCCGGCCCCGGACCCGGACCGCGAAGGCUUCCGAUUCGAGAACCCCUCGACAGACUGCCAAUAUGUCACGCAGAUGCACAUCUGGGACUCAUUCAAGAACCUGGAGAAAGACAUGUCGAAGCUCUUCACGCUCAUCCACAAGAACGUCAGCUUCACCGUGGUGGGCCAUCACCCGAUCGCGGGCCACUACACCGACCUGUUGCAUUUCUACGUGAACGCGCUACGGCGCGUCAGCGUGCUGUUCAUGGAGCAUGCGGAGAAGUUCGAGAUCCAUCCGCAGGCUAUCCAUGGGGGCUGUGACAGUCGGUGGUCGGUGCAGGAGGUGCAGUUCAAGGGGGUGAUGAAUUCGGGGGAUCCGUUCGAUAUCGUCAAUGUAUGGGUCACGAGGUGGUAUCGCGACCAGAUGGUCGAGAUCCGGACGUAUAUAGAUGCCCCCAAGAUCAUGGACGCUCUUCAUAAGAACGAAAUCUGGUGGAACGGGACCACGCUCCGGGAGAACUGGCGGUAUAUGCCUGGGCCGGCGGGAAUGCCGGAUCUGAGGGAGCUGGAGGGGCUUCUGGGGUAUCCCAAUGGGAGCAAGUAUGAGAAUUAGCUGGGUAGAAUCGGUGCAGGAUCGCUGCUAUAAGGAACAUGGGAGUUUGUGGUACCCUUUUGGGCUCUUGAGGAUUGAGAUGCGACUGCAAUAAAGAGAAGGGUGGUUUCAUCGGUACAUGGAGAGCUAUCUAAUGUCUUACCGAUU